CUGAUGUUUUCCGCGCUAUCGCUCUAGAGGCCAUCCCUUCCUCGUACGAGGUUUUGAAUUCCACCGUGCAGCGAGAUAGCCUUAAUAACGGUGGCUCGCCCUCAACAUUGACACAAGUCUCUCAUAGAUGGAGGCUAGCCAUUGUGAACGCACCGGAUGUGUGGUCAUCCAUGUCACUAGUGAUCAAACACAAUGACAAAACCCCUGUAGUCGCCCGUCAGAUGUCGAAGACUGGACUCCGACUCGAGAGAUCUCAUUAUUUCCUUCUCAUUAUGUCGUUUUCAAGUUGUACCGAUGUUGACAUUUGUAACCAUCCCUUGAUAUUUCUCAUCUCCUCGCGCUUUUCUUCAAUAAGAAAUCUUCGCAUCGACACUUCCCUCAUAUCUUAUCCGGCGUUCUCACGGUGGCGGGGACGUUUAGAUCAGCUCUGUCAUCUUUCUUUUACAACCCCUCUUCUACUCAGUUCGGGACCGCUGUCGUCAGGGGGUGUAGAGAGUGUCAUUGACGCUUUUGAAUAUGCCCCUAAGUUGAAAACGGUCACAAUGAGGGCCCACGACUGCUUUCAUUUUUCUUUCCGUUUCUCGUGGACUCAGAUUGUUCACCUUAACCUUUCUAUUUUUGAUCGGGACGAUAUCGCCUUCGACAAUUGAAGAAUCUGAAUAGUCUCAAUAUCGCAUACGGAAUGAGUGGACUAGCAGUCCUUGCAGGCCAUAGACCUAUCAUUAUCUC